UUGAAGUGAAUUUCUAGAGGAUGACAAACCUUCAGAAUUGGCAAACAAAAAACCCAGUUUCCAACUUCACAUCAAGUCAAGCAGAGACUGGAACAGAUGUUCCUCUUGAUAAUCCUGAGAGUUCAACAAGAUUUGCUGACUGUGGUGUUGAUCAAAAUAAAGAGGAACUUGAAAUAGCUAGCAAGACUGAGAAGCAAAUGAAGAGGUUAGUGUCAGAACACAAGAAAUCCAGUUUAAUAUUCCAGCAACCAGAUGAGGACAAUGGUAGAAAUCAGGGAAAAGAACAAAGUUUCUAUGGGAAGCCAGAAUCACAGUCAUCAUCACCUCCAACUCCACUGCCACUGGUAAUGAAGAAAUCAACCACUAGACCUAAAACUGCCCAUGGACGCCGAUCAAGGUGCUCUGCAGCAACAAGCAGAGAUAAAUGUCUUGUAUCCCCUCAACUCAUGCCACUUCCAUCUCUAUAGACACAAGUUAUCUAACCUGAAUGCACAGAUAUGUAAGAGAGGAGUAUUAUGCAUCACUCUUGCCUCUAACACUCUCCUCAUUAUAGGUAUAUACUAUUAUGAAAUCUGGAUAUACAUAUUAUAUGUAACAGCCAAACCUGUAUCACAAACACAUGGAUUCCUCUGCAGUCUGCAGAAAUGGUAAACAAUUCAGUUAGGAUCAGAUGUUGGUUCCCUUUAAAGCCUCAAAAAAGAAAAA